AUGAGCCAGCGCGUCGUCGCUCACAGAUCGAGGAGAAGAUACCGUUGCCGCGUACACAACCGCUUCGGUAGCAGCGAGCGGAUCAUCUUUCUCCGCGUUGACGAACCACCGGAAGCGCCGAGUUCCGUACAAUUAGCCGGAGCGAGUUCGAGGUGGAUCCGCGUGCGGUGGCGAAGCCGCGGCAGCGGGCGUGUGGAGGGUGCGGGGGACGUGCACUACUGGGCGGAGUGUGAGCCGUUGCCCGGCGACGCCGCGCCGCCGCUCAACUUGACUUUGGACACCGAGGAGGAAAGCGUACCUGACUCCCAAGGAUACCGGUCGCUGAGCGCGCUGGUGGCGGGCGUGCGCCCCGCGGCCGCGUACGCCGUGCGUGUGCUCGCCGCCAACCGCGCGGGCCGCUCGCCGCGCUCCGAGCCGCUGCUCGUCACCACGCUGGAGGAAGAAGUGUUUUAUAACCCGUGCCCCGCCUAUGCAGCGCCGAGCGGGCCGCCGCGGCAGGUGCGCGUGCGGCCGGUGGACACGCGCGAGAUGCACGUUUCCUGGAUGGUCCCGGUGCAGCACACAUGGAAUGGAGAACUAGUGGGAUACGCGGUGAGGUGGCGAGCGAUGGGCGCGAGCGGUGGCGAGGGGGCGGGGCGCGGCGCGGGGUGGGCGGUGGUGAGAGCUGGAGGCGCGGGUGGUGGCGGGGGCGGCACGGAGCUGCGCGUGCGCGGGCUUCGCGAGUUCACGCGCUACGAAGUCACGGUGCUCGCGUUUAACGCCGCCGGUUUGGGCCCGCCUUCGCAAGUCGUGUACGCCGCCACUGUGGACGGAGACCAUCUUACAAUCUGGCGCACCACGUGGGGCAGAGGCAGGGCGAAUCAGCCGAAGACCAACGUGGGGCAGGGCGAAUUAGCGGAGAAACAACGUGGAAGGAAGUCGUCCAGUUACUAUAACUUCUCCACUACAAAAACUGGCGACCAACGCACGCUGGACGAAUCUGCCAAGUAA